GCCAUGGAGAAGACCUACUCGUUGACAGCCCACUAUGAUGAGUUUCAGGAGGUGAAGUACGUGAGCAAGUACCAGAGCGGGACGCUGCCCAACGGCUUCGCCCUCCAGCUGGGCGCGGGGGCCAAGAAGCGCCGUGGGGGGCUGCCACGCUGGAGCCGCCGGGAGGUCUGUCUGCUCUCAGGGCUGGUCUUUGCUGCGGGGCUCUGCGUCAUCUUGACGUGCAUGCUGGUCCUCAAGUACCUGGCGACCGAAGGGGACAGCUACUGCCUGGAGGGGUGCCAGGAGAAGAAGGCCUUCCUGCGGGCAUCCCGCUUCCUAAGUGCCAACAUGGAUGCUACCAUCGACCCUUGCCAGGACUUCUACUCCUUCGCCUGUGGCGGCUGGCUCCGGCGACAUGGCAUCCCUGAGGACAAGCUGGUGUACGGCACCAUCGGGGCCAUCGCCGAGCAGAACGAGGCCAAGCUGCGGGCGCUGCUGAGCCGCCCCGUGCGGCGCCGAGCCCGCGCCUCGGCAGAGAGGAAGGUCAAGGAGUUUUUCCGCUCGUGCCUGGACCGGGCUGAGAUCGAUCGGCUUGGCCCCCGGCCCAUGCUGGAGGUCAUCGGGGAGUGCGGUGGCUGGGAUGCCCCUCCGGACCGCAGGGACAUCAACGAGCUGCUCUACAAGACACAGGGCGUCUACAGCGCUGCCGUGCUCUUCUCCCUCACCGUCAGCCUGGACGAGAGGAACACUUCCCGCUACGUCAUCCGGAUCGACCAGGACGGGCUGACCCUGCCCGAACGGACCCUCUACCUGGGGCAGGAUGAGGAGAGCGAGAAGAUCCUGGCUGCAUACCGAGUGUUCAUGGAGCGACUGCUCACCCUCCUGGGGGCUGAGCACGUGGAGCAGAAAGCCCAGGAGAUCCUGCAGCUGGAGCAGCACCUCGCCAAUAUCACAGUGUCCGAGUACGACGACGUGCGCAGGGAUGUUGGCAGCAUGUACCACAAAGUGACCCUGGCUGAGCUGCAGCGCAUCACUCCCACGCUCAAGUGGAAGCGCUUGCUGGACCGCAUCUUCCAUGACAACUUCUCGGAGGAGGAGGAGGUGGUGCUGCUGGCCACCGACUACAUGCACAAGGUGUCCAACCUCAUCCGUGUGACACCCAGCAGGAUCCUUCACAACUACAUGCUGUGGCGCAUCGUGGUGGUGCUGAGCGAGCACCUCUCCACGCCCUUCCGCGACGCCAUCCACGAGCUCUCCAAGGAGAUGGAGGGCAAUGAGAAGCAGCUGGAGCCGGGUAAGAUCUGCCUGAGCCAGGCCAACAAGCACUUCGGCAUGGCCCUGGGAGCUCUCUUCGUUGAGGAGCACUUCUCCUCUGCCAGCAAAGCCAAGGUGCAGCAGCUGGUGGAGGACAUCAAAUACAUCCUCGACCAGCGCCUGGAUGAGCUGGACUGGAUGGACGAGGAGACACGGAGAGCAGCCAGGGCCAAGCUCCGGUACAUGAUGGUGAUGAUUGGGUACCCUGAUUUCCUGCUGAAGCCAGAGGCCAUUGACAAGGAAUAUGAGUUUGAGGUGGAUGAGAAGACCUACUUCAAGAACAUCCUCAACAGCAUCGCCUUCGGCAUCAGGCUCUCGGUGAAGAAGAUCCGGCAGGAGGUGGAUAAAUCCACGUGGCUGCUGCCUCCCCAGGCACUGAACGCCUACUACCUGCCCAACAAGAACCAGAUGGUGUUCCCUGCUGGCAUACUGCAGCCCACACUCUACGACCCCGAGUUCCCGCAGUCACUGAACUAUGGUGGGAUUGGCACCAUCAUUGGGCACGAGCUGACCCAUGGCUACGAUGACUGGGGGGGACAGUACGACCGGCACGGGAACCUGGUGCACUGGUGGACGGAGCGGUCGUACAGCAAGUUCCUGAAGAAGGCGCAGUGCAUCGUCAACCUCUACGACAACUUCACUGUCUACAACCAGAGGGUGAAUGGCAAACACACACUGGGGGAGAACAUCGCUGACAUGGGGGGGCUCAAACUGGCCUACUACGCCUACCAGAAGUGGGUGAGGGAGCACGGCCCCGAGCACCCCCUGCACCACAUGAAAUACACACACGACCAGCUCUUCUUCAUCGCCUUUGCCCAGAACUGGUGCAUCAAACGGAGAUCCCAGUCCAUCUACCUGCAGGUGCUGACAGACAAGCACGCCCCAGAGCACUACAGGGUCCUGGGCAGUGUCUCGCAGUUUGAGGAGUUUGGACGGGUCUUCCACUGCCCCAAGAACUCGCCCAUGAACCCAGUGCACAAGUGCUCGGUGUGGUGAGGCUGAUCCCCCUCCAGCAGGCUGGGACCCUCCAUCCCCUCCCUUGCCUAAAUGACACUUUAUGUCCACUCCCCAACUUCCCAUCUCCUUCCCAUCUACAAGGGUAUAGGCAGCAGAAACACUUGAGUUGCGCAGAUGCCUCCUGCCCAUGCCCCUCCCAUCCACUGCCGUGUGCAGUGAGGCAUUGUCAUUCCCCAUGGAGGAACAAGGGCAUGCCCAGGCACCCCUGUACCCCCUUUUCUGUCCACCCAGCCCAAACCCUUCAUCCAGCCCUACCACAUCCAUCCCAGUCAGUCAAGGCAGGGGGAGGACUCCAGUGGCUCCAAGGGGCUGCCCCAUGCCAGAAGCCUCCCCUGCACGGUGCCCUCCCUGCCAUUCCCCAUGCCAGCCCAUCCUGUCCAUGCGCCAGCCCUGCUGAGGUGGGGCACAGCGGUGCAGCCGGGCUGGGUGAUGGCAGGCAGGCACUCGGAUACUGCUGUAUGUUUCACUGCUGUUUCUGGUCAAUAAAGCACUGGAUAUGCUGGGUGGCUGCCAGGGGCCAUGGCCAGG